AUGGCCCGGAGCGCAAGGGCCGACUCGUCCAGCUCAGACGACUCGCGCCUGCUGUCCUCGGACGCCUCCGACUCGGACGACGACGACGCCGCCGCGCCUCGUCCAGCGCGCUCUACCACGACACACCUGUCCCCUAUCGUCUGGGUCUCGAUCGCCGUACUCGUGGUGGUUGUCGCCGUCCUGCUCGCCGUCGUCGUGUGGCAGCAAACCCGCGAGGCGGCGAGCGAGGGCGGCGCAGACGCAGCGGCAGCGGCGGCCACGACCGGCGCACAGUCGGCGGCGGCCACGACGAGGGGAGGACAAGGCGGCGAGGGGGCGGCGAGCCCGAGCAGGUCGUCGAGCCGGGGCGACGAGGACGACAGCUCGCCGACCCGGUCGCCAUCCGCAUCUUCGCCUGCCGCCACCGACGACGACGCUCGAAGGAGCAAAACCUCUUCCGCUGCGCCAACUUUUUCGACCUCGACCUCAUCGAGCGGCUCGCUGCCGGCCCUGUACGGCGAGCAGCUCCUCAUCGACUUUUCGACCUUCUCGUCGACCGACACCGUCACGGGCUUCCUUGAGGCGGCGGGCCUCGCCAUCUCCGACUGGCCAGUCGGCUUCGAGCCCAUCAGCGUCAUGAUGACGCCGGACAACGUCGACAUCGUCGACGGCGCGCUAUCGCUCAAGGUGACGGGCCAGUCGGGCACGGGCGAGGUGCAGAGCGCAGAGGUGGCGACCGUCGAGCAGGGCAUCCUGUACGGCAAGGUGACGACGAGGGCCAAGGCGAGCCCCGUGCCCGGCGUGUGCCACGGCUUCUUCUUCUAUGACAAGGACAAUCGCGAGGUCGACAUCGAGUUGCUCACGAGCUACUACACCAAGGGACGAGGCGACUCGGUCAAGCCAGGUAUCCAGUACACAAACCACCCGCUCACGGCCGACGGCGAGAUGUACAACGAGGUGUAUCCUUAUCCCUGGGACCCGACCGCCGCCUUUCACGACUACACGGUCGAGUGGACGGCGAGCGAGACCAUCUUCUCGCUCGACGACCAGGUCAUCGCCACCUUCACCGUCAACGUGCCCAAGAAGCCCAUGACGUUCAACUGGAACUCCUGGUCGAGCGGCGAGCCAAACUGGAGCGCCGGCCCACCAACCGAGGACUCGUUCCUCCUGAUCAGCGCCAUCGCCGCCAACUGGACGACGUAG